AUGAAUAAAAGUACUUGUCUCGGGCGGCAGAGACCUGAGCAACUGUGGAGGCUACUUGGUCUGGCAUUCCAUAGGCGUUUCCUCAGAGCCGGACCGCCCGGCCGAAGGGAGGCGUGCUCGCCCCCUAGAGCGGGCUGGAACCGACCUGCGAGCCGAGUCCCGGGAAGGAGGUCCCCGCUCAUCGCUUUGCUCCCGGUGCUUCCCAUUCGCGAGCAAAUAAAACUGCAGAGCGGCCACCCGACGCCCACUGGAGCAGGCAGCAGCAUGCGGCCGCCGCCAAGCUUGCGCGGACGCGCCCUGCUGGCGCUGGUCAUCGCCUGCGGCGUGGCGGGGGUCCAGGGAGAAGAGAGGGGAUUCCCAUCGACCGGGGCCACUCUGCCACUUCCGGGACCCGGAGAGAUAAUGACGCCCCCCGCCGAGGUUUCCUGGCCGAAGGAUGCCAACGCCAGCGUGCCGUCGACUUCUGCACCCCCGCAGAUGCCUAAAGCAGGAAGAACAACCGGAGCCCGGCCACGCUCGCCUCCUCCGUGCGAGAGAUCCAUUGAGAUCAAGGAGACUUUCAAGUAUAUCAACACGGUGGUGUCCUGUCUAGUGUUCGUGCUGGGCAUCAUCGGGAAUUCCACACUGCUGAGAAUCAUUUACAAGAACAAGUGCAUGCGAAACGGCCCUAAUAUCUUGAUAGCCAGCCUGGCUCUGGGAGACCUGCUACACAUCAUCAUUGACAUCCCCAUCACUGUCUACAAGCUGCUUGCCGAGGACUGGCCCUUUGGAGUUGAAAUGUGUAAGCUGGUGCCUUUUAUCCAGAAGGCCUCCGUGGGAAUCACUGUGUUGAGUCUAUGUGCUCUAAGUAUUGACAGAUAUCGAGCCGUUGCUUCUUGGAGUCGAAUUAAAGGAAUCGGUGUUCCAAAAUGGACAGCAGUCGAAAUUGUUUUAAUUUGGGUGGUCUCUGUGGUUCUGGCAGUCCCUGAAGCCGUGGGUUUUGAUAUGAUAACCAUUGACUACAAAGGACGUUACCUGCGAAUCUGCUUGCUUCGUCCCACUCAGAAAACAGCCUUCAUGCAGUUUUACAAGACAGCUAAAGAUUGGUGGCUAUUUAGUUUCUAUUUCUGCUUGCCAUUGGCCAUCACUGCAUUUUUUUAUACGCUGAUGACCUGUGAAAUGUUGAGAAAGAAGAGUGGCAUGCAGAUUGCUUUAAAUGACCACUUAAAGCAGAGACGGGAAGUGGCCAAAACGGUCUUUUGCCUGGUCCUCGUCUUUGCCCUGUGCUGGCUUCCCCUUCACCUCAGCAGGAUUUUGAAGCUCACUCUUUACGAUCAGAAUGAUCCUAAUAGAUGUGAACUUUUGAGCUUUUUGUUGGUGUUGGACUACAUUGGCAUCAACAUGGCCUCCCUGAAUUCCUGCAUUAAUCCUAUAGCUCUGUAUUUGGUGAGCAAAAGAUUCAAAAACUGCUUUAAGUCAUGCCUAUGCUGCUGGUGCCAGUCAUUUGAAGAAAAACAGUCCUUGGAGGAAAAGCAGUCAUGCCUGAAGUUCAAAGCUAAUGAUCACGGAUAUGACAACUUCCGCUCCAGUAAUAAAUACAGCUCAUCUUAG